AUGGUGAAUUCAGAUGAUAAGAAUACCAUCUUUUGUAUAUCUAAAGAAUUUCCUUCUGUAGAUAACAACAUGAUUGAAAUUGAAUCUAAAUUAAUAGGCUUGGAUCAAAUCAUUUCAUCAACAAUUACUAAUCAUUCAGAAAGGGAUAUUAAUUUUAAAAAGGAUGAUGUUAUUGGAGAAAUUUCUGCUCUUGAAUUUGUUAGUGAGGCGUGGGAGAAAGUUGAUAAACUUGAUUCAACAACAAGAAAUGACAAAGGAUAUGGUUCAACUGGAUUUUAA